AUGAUGUUCUCAAGAAGAAGGGCAUCACCCCAGGAGAUCGAAGAGGGCAAUCGACAAAUGCAGCAAGCGCAACAGAGACUUGACGCAGAAAUAGCAGCUGGUUCAGAGUUGCCUUUGGAAGAUGUGAAAGGUAUGGAAACCGUGGUUCCAGAGUCCCCCAAAUCACCCGUGAAGGAAGAGAGUUUGGGAAGAGAGGAAGGGCCUAGAAGUUUUCCUGCCUCACUUGUGCCUGCUGUACCUGGACAGGAAUCUCAGGUGAUGCCGGCCACUCCAGAAAGCCAAGUUAAAACUGAGGUGAAAACGCCAGCUCAGAAGUCUGAGGUCCGUGAUGAAACUUCAGGUGCUGUCGUUGUUCAACAUGAAGCAGUUGUUCCUGUGGUGACCGACGUCGUUGCCACAAACGCCAAAAAGAUGGAGAACGGAGGGUCCGCAGAUCUUCCACGAGCACUAGAUGUUUCUGGCCAAAGGCAUCCAGAUCCGGUGCCACUGACGCCGGGGACCCAAUCUGGCGCUUCACCACCGCAGCAACCUCUUUUUGAUGACCAACAACUUCGCAGGUUUCAAGAACUUUUUCAACAAGCUCCUUGGCUGUACCCCGGUGGUUCUGUGGCAUUCCACCAACCAGCCAUUCAACCUCCAAUUUCGAGACCUCUUUUUCUCGAGCAAGAUGAACGUAGAAUACAAGAAACUGUUGGGAUGGGUUCGCAAUAUGUAUACCCAUAUGCACCUGCAGUUGGGGUUCGAGAAAAUUUGGAGUUGAAAAGGGGAAUUGAAGAAGUUUUGGAAGAAAAUAGGAAGUUGAGGGAGAAGGUUGAACGUCUUGAGAAGGCGCAGCUAUCCCAAUCUGAAGAGGAUCCAAAGUUUUCAACACCAACAGGAGAUAACCCAAAGGAGGCUGAGACCCCCCACCAGGAGGCUGAUAGACCACCAAAGGGAAGUCAGUCGUACCACCGUGUUUCAAAGGAGGCUGAGACCCCCUACCAGGAGGCUGAUAGACCACCAAAGGGAAGUCAGCAUGUGCGCCAGGUAUCAAAGGAGGCUGAGACCCCCUACCAGGAGGCUGAAAGACCACCAAAGCCCGAAGGCCGCCAAAGAUCGAAGACCCCAGAAAGCAAGGAGGCUGAUAGACCCCCAAAGAAUGGAAGUGAUGAAGAACCAACGACGGUGAAGGUCAUGCUGAAGCUCAUGGAAGGCAUGCAGGCGAUUCAACGUCAGAUGUUGGAACAUCGAGAUGAGGACACUGCGACUGAAUCAGUCCGACAAGCUCCAGCACUACCAGCCCUUUCAGAGUGGAGUGCAACUACGGGUCCAAUUGAUCUCAAUGACUGGAUGGCGCUCAUCGAGCCUAUGAUGUGCGACCUUAGCAACUCCAGUGCGCAAUGGUGGCAACAGCUUGUCAUGGAGGCCCACCUUUGGUAUCAACGGCAUCUUCAACUACCACCUCUUGAUCGAGUUGCACAUGUACCAGCUCCCUCAACGGAAUUGGCCAAACCCAAAUGGGCCAGGCUGGAACGUCGAGCUUCGACACUUCUGCUGAUGGCAGUUCCUGAAGGUCAACGAGAAGAACUCAUUUCAGCCAAAAGGCUGAGUGCGAUGGCAAUCAUUUGCCAACUCCUGGUCACUUACCAACCAGGAGGGCUUGCAGAAAAGGAAUUGAUCCUGAGGUCCCUUGAGCUCCCUCCGGAGUCAUCGAACCUUGUGGAGGCCGUGCAAAGCCUUCGCAGGUGGGCGCGCUGGAGACGACGUGCAGCAGAUCUCCAGAUCUCCGAGCCGGACCCCUUUCUUCUUUUGAAGGGCCUCAACAGGAUCAUCAAAAAACCUUUGGAGAACAACCGAGACCUUUCCUUCAGGAUAAGUCUUGCAAGAUCUACAUUGCAGGUGGAUUCAACUCCGACUUCAACUUCGGUGACUUCCUUUGCCCUACACCUUGUCGCUGAGUUCGAGCAGGUCGUCCAUCAGGAGACUUCCAAUGCAUCAAAGAAGCGUGUGGAGCCAGAGAAAGCGAAGGUGUCCAAACUGAAGAAGCUUGAAGAAGAAGGAAGAUCGCCGACAAAGAAGGAGGAGCAGAAGGAGGAAAAAGGGAGGUGUAAGUUUUUCCUGUCAGAACAGGGAUGCAGAAGAGGAAAGAUGUGCAGUUGGUCGCAUGACCAGAAGGACGAAAAAAGAAGAUGUUGGAACUGUGGUUGUCCUGACCACAUGUCACCAAGCUGUCCACGACCAAAGGACAGAAACGACCAGUCGCCGCAAAAGCCAAAGAUCCAGAAGGCCGAGGGGGAGGAGACUUCAUCACCGACGAGCUCUACGAAAGGCAAAGAAGAGGAGGUGUCUGAGACAGCUUCUAUGAAGGAGUUGCUUGAGCAGGCCAACACGAUGCUCAAGUCGCUGACAUCAUCUACUCCAUCUACAUCUUCAAGUACGACAUCAAGCCCCACGGAAACCAAGGAUGAGGUGAUGGAUCGACUGCAACAGCAGCUCAACCAGUUGAAGCUCAAGGUGUUCAAGAUCAACCAGAUCUCCCAUGGCCAACAUCAAGGCCUGAUUGACUCAGGGGCCACACAUCCCUUGCGUCCGAGAAGGCCUGGUGAAUGUGAUUCGUCCUACAAGAAGGUUUCAGUGACUUUGGCAAAUGGCGAAUCUACAACUCUGCAGGUGACUCCCGGUGGCAUCAUGGUUACAGAUCGACAUGACGUCGAACCAAUUUUGCCUAUGGGACAGCUGGUCCAUGACUUGGGAUGUCAGGUCAAAUGGGCUGGAGAAACUCUGAAUGUCGUCCAUCCUGUGCGAGGGCAACUACCAGUUGAAAACCGCAAUGGAUGCCCACAACUUCCAAGGACGUUGGCUUUGGAUUUGAUAGAAGAAAUGGAGACAGCAGGAGUUCAGAAGAGCAUGAAAAGCAUCAGUUUCGAGAAGGAAAAGAAAUGGAUGGAAGAUCUUGUGGAAAGCCACCCUGUUUUGCGAGGCCUUCCACAGCAUGUCAAAAGCCGCUUGGUCACUGACAUCGGAGACUGGAAGGAUCUGCCGGUGAACAGAAGACAACGAAAGCGCUUGCAAAGAGAUGGCUUUCUUUUGCACUUGUAUGCAGGAGAACAAGAUGGCUUCACCUUGUCAAGAGCCUGGAAGCAGCAAGGUGGAAUGGAAACCCAACUCUUGGAGAUCGAUGUCAAGAGAGGAGAAGGUCACAACAUGUUGCUCGACAAUGGUGUCUACGCUGGACUUCUUCGAGCAGCCCUACAAGAUCGAAUUGAUGCGGUCAUCACUGGCCCAAACUGCCGGACCAGAUCGGUCUUGAGGCACUAUCCACGUGAAAAUGCUCCGCGACCAGUGAGGGCAUGGAAUGGUGAAGAGUAUGGAUUGGCUGAUCUGACCCCAGCCGAAAAAACCCAAGUUGAGGAGGACGACAUCCUUCUUUGGAGAUCGAUCUUCUUGUGGAUGAUCUCAACUUACCUUCGACGAGCUCGACAAGUUCGAAAAGAAGUUGGAUUUCUUUUGGAGCAGCCUGCAACACCGAAAAGCUACAUGCCCCAAUGUGUGUCUUUCUGGGAUACUGAGGAGUGGUCAAAGCUGAAGGAAGAAUUUGAGUUCUCUGAGACCACCUUUUGCCAGGGACAUCAUGGAGGUGCAGCCACAAAACCCACUACGAUGGCAGGAAACUUGGAGCUGCGUCCAGAAGAACACCGAAUGAAAAAGACUUCCUCUACUACAAUCAGAUCGUCAGCAGAACUGUCUCGAUGGGCCCCAGGUGUGAUGAACAUGGUGGCUGAGGCACUUCUGACUCAAGUCGUCAAUCGGCAGCCAAAGGUUUCUUCUUUGUCAUGGGAAGAACAUCUACGACAUGGACACAUACCUUUCAGGAGGGACUGUCUGGUGUGUCAACAAUCUCUACAACAACAACCGCCUCACAGAAAAGUGAAGCACCCCUUGGGAGGAGUCCUGUCCAUCGACACAACAGGGCCCUUCAUUAGAGCCUAUGAUGCAGGUGGCUACCAGUCUGCAUACAUCUUGGUUGGCGCUCUCACUUGGACGGUGCCAAAAGACUCCAAGAUUCGAGAAGAAGAAGUACCAGAACUUGAAGGCGAAGCCCCAAACUUUGAAGCCAGAAAGGACGAAGAAGUGAUUCCAAUCGAAGAUCAACAUGAUCAACCUCAAGAGCAGCCCCAGGGAAUCUUUGAGGAUGAAGUUCCUGAAGAUGAGGAGCAUCAAAGAGCCCCAGAGGGUGAGGAUGAAGUUCCAAAAGAUGAGGAGCGUCAAAGGGCCCCAGAGGGUGAGGCUGAAAGAAAAGAAGAAGAAAAGGAGGAGUUCGAGACGCGAGUCUUUCGUCUUGCGGCUCCUAUGUACUCAAAGAAGGCAACUGAAGUCACCCGAGCGGUGAUGGACAUGAUGCUCCGUCUUCGAGCUGACGGGUACCACAUUGGCCAUAUCCACAGCGAUCAGGGCCAUGAAUUUCAAGGCCAUUUCAAAAGAUGGUGCCGAAAAAGAGGAGUUCUUCUGACAAGGACGCCAGGAGACGAUCCAAGAGCCAAUGGACGUGCUGAGACGGCAGUGAAGUCCAUAAAAACACAAGUCAGGAGGAUCCUACUUCAGGCACAAGCAGAACCAACAUGGUGGCCUUGGGCGACACGAUAUGUCAACGAGCUCAACCGUUCAGUCAGGCUUGCAAAGACCCCUGACUACCCUCCUUUUCUCUCCGACAUCAUGGUCAGAAAGCGAAGAUGGAGGAGAGGAACCUUCGAAACUUCCACAGAGAUCGUGAAGUAUCUUUGUCCUGCUCCUGAAGAACAUGGACACUGGGUUAAGCCAAAGGACGAAGCUCCGAGAAUCACCAAGCUCAUCAUGAAGGCGACGCACCUUCCAGUGGCUGAGGAACAGUGGAUGGCUUUGGAGCGAGAGUCCUUGGAUGCCUUAGCUGUCAGAAGAAGGAUGAGAGGGAAAUCAACGAUAAGAGAGCUUCAAGAGGAGGACAGAGAAGGUAAAGAAGAGGAGGAGGAAAAGAAACGAAGAGUGUGCAUGCUCCGCCUGAUUGAAAAGGAGAUGUGCCUCAUGGUCGAUGACGACCCCGAGCUGGCCAAAGAAGAGUUUCAGAUCUUGGCCAACAUCAGAAAGAUGGCAUCUGUGCCGAAUGAAGAAGAAGAAGAAGUUCUUCAGACACGGAUUGUGUCGCCAAAAGAGGUUUCUGAUCACUGGCAAGAUUGGAUUCCAGCGGUCAAAAGCGAGGUCGACUCACUUCUCUAUGACAAGCAGGCCUUCAAGGAGAUUGGACCUGAAGAACUUUCUCAACUACGACAAGAAGCAGAAAAGGCUGGAAAAGGAAUCGAGUUCAUUCCUUCAAAGCUGGUCUUCACUCGAAAGCCUGGUCCUGACGGAGGUCGCAAAAAGAUGAGGUGGGUGGCUUGUGGCAACCUCGAACCCAAGAAGGAGGACGAGGACAACUUCAGCUCAGGAGCUGAUGCAGCAUCACUGAGGAUCUUGGUGUGGUGCGCAGCGCUUUUCCAAUGGAGCGCUUCAGUUCUGGAUGUUCGAACGGCAUUUUUGAAUGCCAAAAUGGUGCUCUCUGAAGAUGAGGAUGUGAUCCUUGUCAAACCUCCCUGGCUUUUGACAGAGAAAGCCUACCUUCGGAAGGAUGUGUACUACCUCCCUGAGAAGGCCAUCUACGGCUUGAGACGGUCACCGAAGCUCUGGGGCAUCACAAGAGAUGAGACCAUCUCGUCCCUAGAAAUCCAGGGGGAGUACAACGGCAAGAACAUGGACUUCCACUUUGAAGCCCUGCAGUCAGAACCCAACUUGUGGCGCCUUGUCAACUCCAAUGAUGAUGAGGAUACCACCACCUAUGCGAUGCUGAUGACCUACGUGGACGACCUCAUGCUGGCGUCGUCUCCCAAUUUGCUCAACAUCAUCCAGGAGAAGCUUCGAACGACAUGGAGCACUUCAACCCCGGAGAUGGUUGGCGAAACUCCAGUGCGUUUUCUUGGAGUUGAAAUCUCAAAGACAUGGUGUGAUCAACUACAACGUGAAGUUUGGAUGGUCACUCAGCAGAGCUACACCACCGACAUGGUGCAGAAGGAAACCGACCUCAAGGCCAAAAAGAUCCCCAUCUCAAGGGACCAAUCUCAAAUGGAGCCAUCAACGGAAGCUCCCACCACAGAGAUGAUUCGUGCGGCUCAGAAGGCCGUUGGAGAAGUCCUCUGGCUCACCACCCGUGCCAGACCGGACAUUAUGUUCACAGUGGCCCGAAUGGGGUCAUCAGUGACGAAAGCCCCUGAAGCAGUGCUGAAGGCCUCAAUCCAGCUCAAAGGCUAUUUGAAGGCUACAUCCAAUGAGGGCCUGAUCUUCAAGAUUGGUGAGAACGAACACCCGGUCCUCACGGUGUUCACUGAUGCCAGUUUUGCUCCGGAUUCCCAGGAGUCUCAUGGGUCCUUCAUAGUGAUGUUGGGAGCCACACCCAUUUUCUGGCGGUCUGGAAGACAGGGAUUUGUGACCCUCAGCACAGCAGAGGCCGAGCUGACUGAGAUCGUGGAGGGGAUGAUAGCAGGGGAGUCAAUCUUUGUCAUCCUUGCCGAGCUGUUCCCAAAGGUCUCCAAGCUGGUGAAAACAGACAGCAUGUCUGCACAGGCCAUUUUGGCCAACGAAGGUGGAAAUUGGCGAACCCGCCAUUUGCGCUUGAGAUGCUCGUUUGCCAGGCAGUCCAUUCUGGCAGGCGAGUGGUCAACACAACAUGUGGCAGGAGAGUACAUGCUGGCCGACAUCGGCACCAAACCCCUGUCAUCAGUGCGUUUUGAGUUUUUGAAAAAGCUCAUGGGCAUGGGCAGCCUGCCUAUGAAAAGCGAAGAGAAGGACGGCCGUAAGGCCAACAAAGAUGGCCAAUUUUUGGCCGAAGCUGCUCAAGUACUUCGUUUGAUCACCAUGGCAGCGACUAUGUCGAUCUCGAAAGCGGAAAAAGAUGGAGAAGCAGCUGAAGAGACGGUAUCUUUUGAGGUCAUCGUUCUCUACACCUUUGCGGUGGUCUUCAUAACUUUGAUGGCACAGCGAAUUUGGGAAGCUGGAGCCGCUCCAUCGAAAAGACUGGACGAUCAUCGGCGAUGCCGACUGCUCCUCUACCAGACCAACAUGCUCCGCUACCACGAGAUCCACAUGCUCAGCUACCACGAGUUCAACGACGUGCACAAGAACCAGAAAGAAUUUUGCGGGGAAAUGAAGCUCCGCUACCACAUGAUCAACCAGAAGGGCCAACAUCAUCAACAUCAGAGCCUCAACGAGACAUCCUACGUGAAUGGGAUGAGAUUGAACGUGAAGAAAG